GCAGCUCCGUGCGGCAGCGGCGGCUGCUGAGACCCGCUCCCGGCCGGCGCCUUCCGCCCCCGCGGCCCCUCGCCCCACCGCUACCGUGCGACAUGGCAGGGGUGGCAGGAGGUGGAGGCGGCGGCGGCGGCAGCAACGACUUCCAGUGGUGCUUCUCGCAGGUGAAGGGAGCUAUCGACGAGGACGUGGCGGAAGCUGAUAUUAUUUCAACAGUUGAAUUUAAUUACUCUGGUGAUCUUCUUGCAACAGGAGACAAAGGUGGCAGAGUGGUUAUAUUUCAAAGGGAACAAGAGAACAAAAGCCGUCCUCAUUCCCGGGGGGAAUACAAUGUUUACAGUACCUUUCAGAGUCACGAGCCUGAGUUUGACUACUUGAAAAGUCUAGAAAUUGAGGAGAAAAUUAAUAAAAUUAGGUGGUUACCACAACAGAAUGCUGCUCACUUCCUGCUGUCUACGAAUGAUAAAACUAUUAAAUUAUGGAAAAUAAGUGAAAGGGAUAAAAGAGCCGAAGGUUAUAACUUAAAAGAUGAAGAUGGAAGACUUAGGGAUCCUUUCAGAAUCACAGCACUACGGGUGCCCAUAUUGAAACCCAUGGACCUCAUGGUAGAAGCAAGCCCCAGGAGGAUAUUUGCAAAUGCACACACUUACCACAUAAACUCUAUUUCAGUAAAUAGUGAUCAUGAAACAUACCUGUCUGCAGAUGACCUACGAAUUAACCUCUGGCAUUUAGAAAUCACAGAUAGAAGUUUUAAUAUUGUAGAUAUCAAGCCUGCCAACAUGGAGGAGCUGACAGAAGUGAUCACUGCUGCAGAGUUCCACCCUCACCACUGUAACGUCUUUGUCUACAGCAGCAGCAAGGGCACCAUCCGGCUCUGCGACAUGCGCUCCUCAGCCCUCUGCGACAGGCAUUCCAAAUUCUUUGAGGAACCCGAGGAUCCUAGCAGCAGAUCAUUUUUUUCAGAAAUAAUAUCCUCCAUCUCUGAUGUAAAAUUCAGCCACAGCGGCCGCUACAUGAUGACCAGAGACUACCUUUCUGUUAAAGUCUGGGACCUCAACAUGGAGAACAGGCCCGUGGAGACAUAUCAAGUUCAUGAGUAUCUCCGGAGCAAGCUCUGUUCCCUCUAUGAGAAUGACUGCAUCUUCGACAAGUUUGAGUGCUGCUGGAACGGUUCUGACAGUGCUAUCAUGACUGGCUCUUACAACAACUUCUUCAGGAUGUUCGAUCGCAACACGCGACGCGACAUCACCCUAGAAGCUUCCAGGGAGAGCAGCAAACCUCGUGCCAUCCUAAAGCCACGGAAGGUCUGUACAGGUGGGAAAAGGAAGAAGGAUGAAAUAAGCGUUGACAGUCUGGACUUCAACAAGAAGAUCCUUCAUACGGCGUGGCAUCCCAUGGAGAACAUCAUUGCUGUGGCUGCCACCAAUAAUUUGUAUAUAUUCCAGGACAAAAUUAACUAGAGAUGACUUUACUCCAGGACAGUUGUCGUCUUACAUAGUUAAGCUCAGUUGUUUAUCUGUCCAAGAGAAGGCCUUGUUGUCCUACCAGUGAAGAACAUUGAUGCACUUACUUCCCUUUAGCUAAAGGAGAGGAUCUGGCCUGGUUUUUUGAGCUCCUGGGAUGGUUCUGCCUUUGCCAGGGUAGGGAGUUGUCGCUGGCAGCUCCCUGGGAGGAACCAUCAGGAGGCAGAAUCGAUGGACAGUGCUCAAGAAGGCCACCACUCAAAUGUAUUUAUUUCAAAUCUGAGCCUUCCUUUCCAGUUUAUAGACCAAAAAAACAAAACAAUUGAACGCCCAUGAAGACAAAAGUGGUCAUCAGAAUGUCCUUUCUCUCGCGCGCGCUCUUCUCUCUGCUGUAAUAUUUGGGCCUUUCAGAACAUAUAUCGUGCUUGAUGCCUGUGAACAUUCCUCCUCUGGCCUGGUGUCUAGGCUUAGGUGUUUUUACCUUGAAGCACUUAGGUAGGUCUCGAGUUGGGUCGGUAGAGACAGGUUUUUCAUGACUUAUUUACUCACCAACUGUAUCUAUAACCACACCUUCUGGUGGGGGAAAGAAAAAACCCAAUACCCACUUAAUAAAAUAACAAGCUCUCAAAAAACUGUUUUUAAAUCCAAAGGGAUGUAUCCAGUCUUUUUAUUUUUCUAUUGCAUGGACCCAGGUCGGGUAGUUUCUUCUUCAGGGGCAGCCCCACCCAGGCUUUGCCUCAAUUCUUGGAGGUUUUGUAUUACUUUUAAUUAUUUUUUUUUGGGCUGGUUAAGAUGAACUUUUUUUUGUGUGUAGUAUUUCACACCCUGACUUUGGAGUUCUCCCAGAGCACUUGCCCUUCAGUGCUGUAUUUGUGGUUUCUUUUUGUCAAACACUCUCUCUGUCCCCAGCAGGAGGUUGGAAAGGUCCCUGGCAAAGACCAUCCACAGCCUUAAGCAGAAAGUGUGGCCGCCUUGCAGAGAAGGGAGAGCAGAACCCUUGGCAGAUUGUUCUUCUUUGAGAGGUAACCCUCCCCCAGUUGUUCUGCUGCCUCUCGCCGUUAGAUAGAGUCAGACCUUAUGUGCAUUAUCAUUUGUUAACCUUCUGAGUCUUGUCGUGGAGAUGGGGUUGAUGCUGAACACUCAAUGUGUGGUUCAACCGGCAGAAGGAAGACGCAGAACCCUCGAUGAUGCCAAGCACCUUCCAACCUGAGCACCAGCAGCAGGCAGGAGCUGGCGGUGGCUCUGACUCCGUCCUUACUAACGUUUAUUUUUUAAGCCUUAGGUACUUUUGUUGAGUUUGUUUAUUUUUUUUUAAAUUCUUAUUACUAAUUUUAUUUUCCAAAGAGGCCUAAAAUGCACCAACCUUCUCCUCGUGCCCGCGCCGCUCUGGGUGAGAGGCUGCUCCUUGCAGCACCCAGUAGUUAGAUGUUGCACUCUGAAACGUGCCUGCAGAUGAGGGAUUCUGUCUGAAACCCAGGUGUCCCUUGCUCGACACCUUACUCUGAAGGUGUUCUAAUCCAUCAGACCUGCAGUGGAGGAGCAAAACACCUCCAUCCCUCCUCCCCUCGGUUAACACCCAGCAAGUGCCACCCCACAGCAGGCUCCCAAUUCACCCAGGUUCCACAACGGUUAAACUACAACCAAAUCUGCUGUACCUUGGUUGGGACACCAUGAAACCCUUGAGCUUCUGGGUCACCGCAGCGUUCAAGGUGACCCUGUUCCUCGCCCACCUCCUCAAGCUCCCCCUGGGACUGUACAUAACUGUUCAGUUAUUUUGACCAAAAAAGUUGAAUUAAUAAAUUUUAAAUGUUUACUUGGCCUUGCUGUGUUGUUUUGAGGACACCUGCUCUGUCUGUGAGGAAGCACUUGGCUGAGGUGCCUCCACCUGGAAGGUUCUGAAGGUUCUCUGUUGAUGCUUGGUGGAUAUAUCAGUGCUGUCUAGUUUUGGUUUAUUUUUUCAGGCAGUGAGUGGAAUCUGAGUGCAAAGAGAACAGAUUUGGUGAAAUCCGUGCUAUCAAACACAAGUCACUUGUACCACUUCCAAUUAAACCAGUUUUGACCAUC